AGCCAAGUCCGCCGAGCGUCGAGAGAGAAACCGUCGGGUUUCUUGUUAUCAGCGGGCUGCGCGCUCACGCUGCCCACGGCAUCACCUCGGCAAUAACAUAAGGGGAGCCAGCCAGAAGAAGAAGAGGAGGAGGAGGAGGAAGAGGAGGAGAAGGAGGAGAGGAAGGGAAAGGGGUGUCAGCGUAGUCCGAAUUGACGCUCAGAAAUAAACAGCCUGUUUUGGAAGACGUCCGUGGCGGGAAGGGAACGGGAUCUGCAACUGAGAUGGCUGAGGUGUCCCAAGAGGAGAGACUCCAGGCCAUCGCUGAAAAAAGGAAGAGGCAGACAGAGAUUGAAAACAAGAGGAGGCAGCUGGAUGAUGACCGACGGCAACUCCAGCAUCUCAAGUCGAAGGCACUGAGGGAGCGCUGGUUGUUAGAUGGAGCUCCAGCGGAGGAGGAGACUCAACAGCGUCUGCAUGAAGACGAGGUGAAGACCAAACUCCUGGAGCAGGUCAUCCUCAGGCUGGAGCAAGAGAUUGAAGAACUAGAGACGGACCCUCCAGCCAAUAAGGGUGUGGCCAAAGAAAAUGGAGGUGAGAACGGAGUCGUGCAGGGCUCAGGUCAGACCCCAAAGAGAGAGGUCACAGGGAUUGAAGCCAAGUUGCUGGGUCCCAGUCCUGACCAAGCUAGCGCAGACAACCCCGUCACCCUGGUGUUCAUGGGCUACAAAACCGUCGAGGAGGAGCAGGAGUCCCGUACGGCUUUGGGAAUGGAAGGAGUUGAGGGCAACGUCAAGGCUGAGUUUGUAGUGAUCGAGGACGGCGAGGGGAAGGCUGCAGGAGAGGCGGCCACAGGAGAGCAGGCUCCACCCAACGGGAGCAUGGCGGAUAAAGAAAAGGCCAACGGCGGCGGGGAGGAAGGAGAGAAGGAGAAGAAACAGACCUGCAAGUGCUGCACAGUCAUGUGAGCUGUGUGUGGGUGUGUGUGUGUGCGUGUGUGUGUGUGUGUGGGCGAGUACACACCUGCACCUGUGCAAUCGUGUGUGCUAUGGCAUGUGUCUGUAUUUGCAGAUGUGUGUAACUUUGUGUCCGCGUGCGAAUGUGUGUGUGUGUGUGUGUUAAAACAAAAAUGCGAAGUUCAGUUACACAGCCAAUAAACCAACAAUGAGAGCCAAUACAAGCUCCAGCUACAACAACAAGAACCACAAAGACUCAUAAGUACACUUUACUCUGUAUACUUUCUCUGAUAUGUAUUUGACUUUUGAUUUCCAUUGAUAUUUUUCUAUUUUUCCGUCUUGACAUUUAUAUUGUAUUCAGUAUGUAUAUCUUUAUUAUGGGACAGUGUACUGUAAGUUCAUUGUUAUUAUUGUUGGAAAAAAAGAAAAUGUAUUCGCUCUCCGGAUUGUACCGCUACCAACUGGGAGAUAUCUGGAAACUUCAAAUCAUUUCAAGUCAAAACAGCAAACUAUGAAAGACACGGAUACUUAAAUAUAUUCAACAGUAUAUAUUUAUCUGUGUCUGCCUGCCAACUAUUUAUCGGUCAAUUUCAUAUUGCAAUAUUGUCUAAGAUAUUAUUUUAAAUAGUAUUUUAAUAUAUUGAUAUGAAAUUAUGUUUUAUACAAGGUAUUUAUUGUUUUUGGUUCUCUAUAUCAUCUUAAACCAUUAACUGCAUGUAAGCUUGUAAGCACUACCAGAAUCGCGUUACAAUCAUAACAAGUGUCUGUUCUUUCUCAGUCAUAUCUUCGGUCUCACAAGUAACAGAGGACAGUGUUACAGAUGUGCUUCAAGCCUCAAAAUAAAUCAACAGCACGGAGACAAAUUAGAACAGUGACCACGUCGCGAAACACUUCUCAUAGGUAGUAUAUGUAACACACGUAAGUGAAUAUCACAGCUUUUGUAUUUUUUAAAUAAGAUGGUUACUACGUUAUGAUCAAUGGAGUUAUGAAGAGCCGUUGCGCACCGAUUAGAAAUGCUUCAAUAUUUUUGUCCUCUCAACAGUAGAGUCAAUGUGAAUCUUAUGAGGUAGCACUGCAUGAAGCCUUGCAACUGUUUUGACUGUCUUGUCACUUGUUAGGUCUUAAUUAUACGCAAUCACGUUCACAUGAAUGUAAAUCCAGGGGUUAAAUUGGGAUUAUUCAGCUCACCGUAAAAAAGAAGAAGAAAAGAAAUAAAAAAAACAGCUUUUUGUCUUUAUGAACCAAAUAAAAAUCAGAUGAUAUACUGUAAUUUCACUGUGUUGGUCGGCUGCUGGUUUGUGUCCUGCUCCCAGUUUAACCCCUGACUCCUGGUCUGUAGACGCCGGCCUGACACUGCUCGAAUAGAUUUGCAGGUUUGGGGCAUUUAAAUACACUAAUAAUAAUAAUAUUCACAAUCUUGAAUCUUUUCACUUUUAAAAACACAGUUUUUGCCAUCAUUGUGGCAGAAACAGGCCGUAUUCUAAAAUAAAAUUUAAAAAGUUAAACCAUUUAAAUCCACAAUAUCAGUCGAAAGCCUUUUUGAAUACAGUUUGGCCCUAGUUUACUCAUUUGUUUGCAAGACAGUAGAGACCAGAUUGACAUUGUGGGUCGGUGAUGCUACGCCACCAAUGCCUCCACCCUUCAACCCCCUCAUCCACGUCUCCGAUUCACCCACACACCAUCCUCGUUGUCAAAUACACACACACACACAGACCCACCGUCUACCGUCGCUUGGAGACACGCAGUUCAAAAACCUCUCAAGUCGGUGCUAACCCUGAGUCUCACCCUCCAUCCAACCAGUACUCCCCUUCCCUCUGACUUACCCCACCCGCAGGUUAAGGGGGGGAUUGUGGCAAUCUACUGCCCCCUGCAUUCGUUGAACAAGAUAUUUUUUCGCAACCUUCAAUGGCGGAUGCAUUAUAUUAUGUCCUGCCUACAUUCAACGCCAGAAAGACGAUCCCUUCAAACAUUCCCAAGGGGAGGUCAGCGCGCCUGGACGGAGGAAUUAUAGUCUAUGCUUUCCACUGUAAUUGUACAACUUGCCACUUUCUUUGUGAUGUUGACUCGUUUUUCUUUACUCUGGCCUCUUUUCCGAGGCGGUAUGUUGUAUUUGAUGUGUGUAUUUUUAAAAAGAAAAGAUACCCCUC